AGUCAGCCAGUGAUACCACCUGUAAGAUUUUGAAUACCAUGCUUACCAAGCCAAAAAAAAAAAUCAGGUGCAUCAUUGCAAAUUGUACAUAAAGUGGCAUGUAUUUACUCGAUUGAUUGUUGUUAUACAAAUUCUACAUGUAGUCAAAUUAUAAUUAUGAAUAGUUAAUGAAACAAUCAGAAUCAUAAGAUAAGAGUUGUAAAAUAAGUUAAUACUCUCAAUGUAUUUUAUUAAUUUAAUAUUCAUAACAAUUGCUUAACCAUAAAAUGCAUUAUUUUCGAAUUCGUUUUAUUAUUUUUUAUCUUAUUUAUUUACAAGAAGCUAGUAGUUUUUAUAAUUAUUUAAGAUCAGGAUUUAAUCAUGUAGUUUGCUCUUAUCAAGAAUGCUGCAAUGAAAAAUAUAUUAAAAAAAAUAUUACAGAAUUAAAUGAAAGAUUACGUACCAAAUUAUUUGGCCAGCACAUUGUUAAUAAAGAACUCAUAAGUGCUUUGGGUGCACAUAUAAAUGUAAGAGAACCUAAAAAAGCUUUAGUAAUGAAUUUCCACGGUCCUGGAGGAACCGGUAAAAAUUAUGUUGCAAGAAUGAUUAUUGAAACUUUUUAUGAGAAAAAAGUAGAAAGUAAUUAUGUUCAUUUAUUUAUUGGGAGAAUAAAUUUCCCCUUAGAAAGUAAAAAACAAGAGUAUAAGGAGGACUUAGUCAAAAUCCUAAUCGAAAGUUUAUCAAAAUGUCCAGAAUCUUUAUUUGUUUUUGAUGAAGUGGACAUGAUAGUACCUGGAGUAUUAGAUGUACUUGUGCCAUUUAUGGAUUACGGGACAACGCAAAUAUGGCACAUGGGCCAGAAGUAUCAAUUAACUACUAACAAAGCAAUAUUUAUUUUUUUAUCAAACACUGGAUCUAGAGAAAUAAUACAAACCUUAUCUAAUGCUUGGCUAAGUGGGAAAAAACGCGAGGAAUUAUCAUUAGCUGAUUUCGAAGCUUUAAUGGCGAAGGGAGCCUUCAAUGAAGGUGGUGGAUUCUAUAAAAGUGAUACUAUUCAAUCACAUUUGAUUGAUCAUUAUAUACCAUUUUUACCUCUCGAAACAAGACAUGUAUUGCUUUGUAUUGAAGAAGAAUUUAAAAUAAAAGGACAUACCCCAACUUCAGAACAAAUUGACAAAGUUAUGGAGUAUAUUUCUUGGGAUCCAGAUCAUCAGAUUUAUGCAAGCAGUGGCUGUAAAAAAAUAGCCUCCAAAGUAUCAAGUAUAUUAUACCGGCAAAAACUACAUAAAGAGCUAUAAUAGACUUAAAUCCACAAUCAAUUGAUUGUAAUAAUAAUUUAAUUAUUACUAAAAAUAUGUGCAGACAUAAAAUAUAUUUCACAAUGAGGUAUAUACAUCAAAUUUUAUCACUAAACUUUAUUGGCACAGUUGGAUAAUAUUUCUUAAUAAUUAAAAAAUAUUUUCUUUUUUUUUUUUUAAGAAUAACAAUGUAUCUGUGAAUU